AUGGUUUUUUUCUGGAGCGAAGGUGCAGGAGUCUUCCUGCUUCUCUUCCUCGCAUCCUGGGAGACAGGGAGCGGCCAGGUCCGCUACUCAGUCCCCGAGGAGGCCAAACACGGCACGUUCGUGGGCCGCAUCGCCCAGGACCUGGGGCUGGAGCUGGCGGAGCUGGUGCCGCGCCUGUUCCGGGUGGCGUCCAAAGACCACGGGGACCUGCUGGAGGUGAAUCUGCAGAAUGGCAUUUUGUUUGUGAAUUCUCGGAUCGACCGCGAGGCGCUGUGCGGGCGGAGGUUGGAGUGCAGCCUCCACCUGGAGGUGAUCGUGGACCGGCCGCUGCAGGUUUUCCAUGUGGAGGUGGAGGUGAAGGACAUUAAUGACAACGCGCCGGUUUUUCCAAUGACAGUGAAAAAACUGUUCAUUUCUGAAUCCCGGCCUCCUGGCUCUCGGAUUCCGCUAGAGGGCGCAUCGGAUGCAGAUAUUGGAGUGAAUUCUCUAUUGACUUACAGUCUCAAUUCCAAUGAAUAUUUUACCUUGGAUGUUAAAAGAAAUGAAGAAGAAAUUAAAUCUGUCGGACUUGUGUUAAAAAAGACUUUAGACCGAGAGGACACUCCUGAGCAUCACUUACUGAUAACUGCAGUUGAUGGUGGAAAACCAGAACUCACAGGAACAACUCAGCUCAAGAUCACAAUUCUAGAUGUGAACGACAACGCCCCGGAGUUUGAGAGGACUGUUUACAAAGUGAGGCUGUUUGAAAACGCACCAAAUGGCACCGUAGCAGUGAUGGUCAACGCCUCUGAUUUAGAUGAAGGAGUUAAUAGGGACAUUACAUAUUCCUUCAGUACUGAAACGAAGGCAGAUAUUCUGUCAAAAUUCCUCAUAGACCCGGUAAGUGGGCAUAUCUUUGUAAAGGGUAAUAUAGAUUUUGAGGAAACCAAAUUAUAUGAGAUUCAGGUAGAAGCGACAGAUAAAGGCAUCCCUCCAAUGGCAGGUCAUUGCACUGUUCUAGUGGAAAUUUUGGACACUAACGAUAAUGUGCCAGAGGUGGUCAUCAAGUCACUAUCGGUCCCGGUAUUAGAAGAUGCUGCAACAGGAACUGUCAUAGCGUUGAUCAGCGUGUCUGACCGCGAUUCUGGUGCUAAUGGACAAGUCACCUGCUCUCUGACGCCCCACGUUCCCUUCAAGCUGGUGUCCACCUACAAGAACCACUAUUCCCUGGUGCUGGACAGCGCCCUGGACCGCGAGAACGUGUCGAGCUACCAGGUGGUGGUGACGGCGAGGGACGGGGGCUCGCCCGCGCUGUGGGCCACGGCCAGCGUGUCGGUGGAGGUGUCGGACGUGAACGACCACGCGCCCGCGUUCGCGCAGCCCGAGUACACGGUGUUCGUGAAGGAGAACAACGCGCCGGGCUGCCACAUCUUCACGGUGUCGGCGCGCGACGCGGACGCGCAGGAGAACGCGCGCGUGUCGUACGCGCUGGUGGAGCGGCGCGUGGGCGAGCGCGCGCUGUCGAGCUACGUGUCGGUGCACGCGGAGAGCGGCCAGGUGUUCGCGCUGCAGCCCCUGGACCACGAGGAGCUGGAGCUGCUGCGCUUCCAGGUGAGCGCGCGCGACGCGGGCGUGCCUCCGCUGGGCAGCAACGUGACGCUGCAGGUGUUCGUGCUGGACGAGAACGACAACGCGCCCGCGCUGCUGCCGGCGGGCGCGCUGGGGGGCGCGCGCGGCGAGCUGGUGUCGCGCUCGGUGGGCGCGGGCCACGUGGUGGCGAAGGUGCGCGCCGUGGACGCGGACUCGGGCUACAACGCGUGGCUGUCGUACGAGCUGGCGCCGGGGGCGGGCGGCGCGCGCAGCCCGUUCCGCGUGGGGCUGUACACGGGCGAGAUCAGCACGACGCGCGGCCUGGACGAGGCGGACGCGGCCCGCCAGCGCCUGCUGGUGCUGGUGAAGGACCACGGCGAGCCGGCGCUCACGGCCACGGCCACGGUGCUGCUGUCGCUGGUGGAGAGCGGCCAGGCGCCCCAGGCGGCGCCGUCGCGCGUGGCGGUGGCGGGCUCGGCGGCGGCGGCGCUGGUGGACGUGAACGUGUACCUGAUCGUGGCCAUCUGCGCCGUGUCCAGCCUGCUGGUGCUCACGCUGCUGCUGUACAGUGCGCUGCGCUGCUGGGUGCCGGGCCGCGGGGCGGCGAGCGUGGAGGCCAAGCACCCAGUGAUGUGCGCCAGCGCGGUGGGGAGCUGGUCGUCGUCGCAGCAGAGGAGGCAGAGGGUGUGCUCGGGGGAGGGUCCCCCCAAGGCGGACCUCAUGGCCUUCAGUCCCAGCCUGCCACCGUGUCUGAACGCUUCGGAAAUAAAUGAACGUCCAGAAACAAAUUCGGACCUUGACAUUCACGUAAGUGUGACUUUUAAGGCUUCUCUUGUAUUUUAA